AUGGGCUCAUACUACAAUAUUGACGCAAUCCUGACAGAUGCUCAGGGUAACCCAGGAGAAGACGUGUGUAUCCUUGUCUCGCCCUUCUCAUACUUUCCGUCAGCUAAUGCUUCUCUCAGNAUAAAACAAGGCUCUAAGAUGGAACUACCACUCUGGCUCGCCGAGAUGUUGGCUGUAAGCAACCCUUCUGGAAACUCAUCACUAGCAACACUGGAUCUACCUCAAGCACUCUCCCAACGUGUCAUGAAUGCACUCAAAGCAGACCCGAAAACAGUAGAUAUCCGAGCCCAAGCACAGCAUUUCUACAACAUUGGUGCCCGCAUGCUGGAACUAUUCGAAGAAGAAGAAAUGGUCGAUAUCUUGACCAACGUGAGCAGUCAAACAUGCCUUUCCACAAUCGAUCACAUUCUAAUCUCCCGUACGAACAGNACGUUCAAGCAACGUGCAGCAGAAAUCUCAGAUCAAGCGCUAAACUCACGAAGUGCAUUGGGCGAAGGUGCUGAAUUUGCAAGGGGGUUGGACGAGACAGAACGACAAUUGUUCCGCGCCGCCCAUGAUAGCAGCAAUGCAGUGAGGAAAUGGUUCGAGACGGCCUCGAAAUCUUGA